ACAGUUCUGGAAAAACAUGUGCCGACCAGAAGAGAGAUGUGUGCCAAAUGUUAUGUCAAAUGCAGCUUACGCGUCCUCAUGUAGGCUACAUUCACUUUGUCUUCAAGUUUUGAAGACCAUAGUUUCGGUGUAACAUAUCCAAAGGCAUUCACCGGAAAAGAAAAAAAAAACGCGAAUUGUUCUCAGAAGUUUGUAUCGUGAGGUAAGCACGAUACAAACACACACAUAACUAGCUAGCUAGCUAACGUUACUAAGAUACCUGCGCAAGUUUUAGCGUGUGUUGCAAUGAGCCUUUGGGGAGGGAGCGCAGUACGGAUCGUAUGGAUGAUGACUGGAAAAAAAACACACGGGGUCGACCUUGGUACCUCCCUUCGUCGAGAGCGCUCAGUCUCUGUGCUCCCCUUCAUUUCAUGCUCCAACAUGUUGGCAGGAGGAGAAAGAGGAGGAUGCUGCGCUCUACGCUCGGUGCGUUCUUGCCACCUCUCCGGCCAGCGCACACUGCCUCUGACUCAGACUCAGCUUUCAGUUGUCUCCGCCUGAGGGACUUAAGACAGGAGGUGGAGGAGGAACAAAAGGAUACGCUGGAGACCAGGAGCUCUCACACCAAAGUCCCCAACAGAAACAACAGCAGGAGAGCAGAACAGAGCAACUGCUCCUCAUCUGUGGUGGAAACUACUAAUACCUCAGCAGUGACCACCUCUUCUGCCUCUUCUAGUUUCCCUCCCUCCUCUUCCUCCUUCUCGGCUCCGAGAUCCAUGUGGCAAGAGGCAAUAAGGAGGAAGCCAUAUCUCCUGGACCGGUCAGGGGAGUCUGGUGAAGGGGAUAAAGGAGGAGGAAAAGGUCAGGAGAGGAGGAACAGGUCCCCGGAUUGGCUGUAUGAGUCCUACUACUGUAUGAGCCAGCAGCAUCCUCUAAUUGUGUUUCUGCUGCUCAUAGUUAUGGGAGCCUGCCUGGCUCUGCUGACUGUGUUCUUUGCUUCAGGACUGAACAUUGAGGACCACGUGGCCUUUGUAAUCACGGUGCCCACGGCGCUGGCCAUCUUCCUGGCUGUUUUUGUACUUGUCUGCAUUGAGUCCAUCUUCAAGAAGCUUCUACGCGUUUUCUCCCUGGUUAUCUGGGCCUGCUUGGUUGCCAUGGGUUACCUUUUUAUGUUUUCUGGCGGGAUCAUCUGUCCAUGGGAUCAGGUGUCAUUCUUCCUGUUCAUUGUGUUUGUGGUUUACACCAUGCUGCCGUUCUCUAUGCGGGAAGCCAUCAUCGCCAGCGUCCUGACCUCCGCCUCACACACCAUUGUGUUGAGUGUCUGCCUGUCCACCACAGCUGAUCACAUGGAACCAGUAGUGUGGCAGAUUUUGGCCAAUAUCAUAAUUUUCUUGUGUGGCAACAUGGCGGGGGCGUACCAUAAACAUCUGAUGGAGUUGGCACUUAAACAGACUUAUCAGGACACCUGCAACUGCAUCAAGUCCCCAAUUAAACUGGAGUUUGAGAAGAGACAACAGGAGCGUCUCCUGUUAUCUCUGCUGCCAGCUCACAUUGCCCGUGUGAUGAAAGCUGAGAUCAUCCAGAGACUGAAGGGCCCAAACUUCGGCCAGAUUGAGAACACAAACAAUUUUCACAACCUCUAUGUCCAGAGACACACUAAUGUCAGUAUACUGUAUGCCGAUAUAGUGGGAUUCACACGGCUGGCCAGUGACUGCUCACCUGGAGAGCUGGUGCACAUGCUGAAUGAGCUGUUUGGCAAAUUUGAUCAAAUUGCAAAGGAAAAUGAAUGUAUGCGGAUCAAAAUCCUUGGCGACUGUUACUACUGUGUGUCCGGCCUGCCGGAGUCUCUGCCGAACCAUGCUAAGAACUGUGUGAAAAUGGGUCUGGACAUGUGUGAGGCCAUCAAGAAAGUGCGAGAUGCCACUGGGGUUGACAUCAACAUGCGUGUCGGCGUGCACUCUGGGAAUGUCCUGUGUGGUGUGAUUGGACUUCAGAAAUGGCAAUAUGAUGUUUGGUCACAUGAUGUAACACUGGCCAAUCAUAUGGAAGCAGGAGGUGUACCAGGGCGAGUCCACAUUACCUCAGAGACACUGGAGCACCUGAAUGAUGCCUAUAAGGUGGAAGAUGGGGAUGGGCAAGAAAGAGACCCCUACCUGAAGGAACAUGGAGUCAUCACUUACCUGGUCAUCAACCCAAAGGUGGACCGUCGGAGCCCACAGUAUCAUUACCGGCCCAGACACACUGUAGAUGGGGCAAAGAUGAGAGCCUCCGUCAGGAUGACCCGCUACCUGGAGUCCUGGGGAGCAGCCAAGCCCUUUGCCAACCUGCACCACAGAGACAGCAUGACUAAUGAGAAUGGGAAGAUCAACACUGCUGAUGUGCCCAUGGGGCAGUAUCACUUCCAGAGGAGAUCAGAAAGAACAAAGUCUCAGAAGAAACGGUUUGAGGAGGAACUUAACGAGAGGAUGAUCAGGACCUUCGAUGGGAUAAAUUCACAAAAACAGUGGCUCAAGUCAGAGGACAUCCAAAGAAUAUCAUUAUUCUUUCACAACAAAUCCUUGGAAAAGGAGUACAGAGCAACAAACUUGCCGGCCUUCAAAUACUAUGUCACCUGCGCCUGUUUGAUCUUUUUCUGCAUUUUUAUUGUGCAGAUUCUCGUCCUUCCAAAGACAACUGUCUUGGGGAUAUCCUUUGGAAUGGCUUUUCUUAUCCUUUCCUUGAUCCUCUUCAUAUGUUUUAUUGGACACUUCCUGCACUGCAGUAAAAGCGCCUCCACUUCUUUGAUGUGGCUGCUGAGGUCAUCAGUCAUUAUUGCCAACAAGCCUUGGCCGCGCAUCACUCUCACCAUGACAACCACAGCUCUAAUACUCAUAAUGGCAGUCUUUAACAUGUUCUUUUUGGAAGACAAUUUGUUACCUCCUGUUCCUGUUUACAAUUCAUCCAAUGAAACAUUGUUUUACCCCAAUGGACAACCAAUCACCUUCACAGGAAAAAACAAUUUCUACCUUCCUUAUUUAAUUUAUAGUUGCAUACUGGGCCUCAUCUCUUGCUCUGUGUUCCUGAGGAUAAAUUACGAGCUGAAGAUGAUUAUCAUGUUGACAGCUGUGGUGGUUUACAACAUCAUUAUUCUACAAACACAUGCCCCUCUGCUGGAUGAAUAUAGCAGAUUUCUGUACAAGACUGAAAGCCUGGACAGACCAGGAGUUCUUAAAGACCUGAAGACUAUGGGCUCUAUCUCCCUCUUUAUCUUCUUCAUCACUCUGCUUGUGCUUGCCAGACAGAAUGAAUAUUACUGUAGGUUAGACUUUCUGUGGAAGAACAAGUUCAAGAAGGAGUGCGAGGAGAUCGAAACGAUGGAGAACCUCAACCGGGUUUUGUUGGAGAAUGUCCUGCCUGCACACGUUGCAGAGCAUUUCCUGGCACGCAACUGGAAGAAUGAGGAUCUGUACCACCAGUCCUAUGACCUGGUGUGUGUCAUGUUCGCCUCCAUCCCAGACUUUAAAGAGUUCUACACCGAAUCUGACGUCAACAAAGAAGGAUUAGAGUGCCUCAGGCUCCUCAACGAAAUUAUUGCUGAUUUUGACGAGCUGCUGUCCAAACCUAAAUUCAGUGGUGUGGAAAAGAUCAAGACUAUUGGCAGUACUUACAUGGCUGCUACUGGCCUGAAUGCAUCACCCGGGCCUGAGUACACAUCACAGGAGCAUGACAGGCAGUACAUGCACAUAGGGAUCAUGUUAGAGUUUGCAUUUGCCUUGGUGGGGAAGCUGGAUGUUAUUAACAAACACUCCUUCAAUGACUUCAAACUCAGAGUUGGUAUAAACCAUGGUCCAGUGAUCGCUGGAGUCAUUGGAGCCCAGAAACCACAGUAUGAUAUCUGGGGGAACACAGUGAAUGUAGCCAGCAGAAUGGACAGCACCGGAGUCCUAGGAAAAAUACAGGUGACGGAGGAGACGAGUCGCAUCCUUGUGACCCUGGGCUACAUGUGCUCUUGUAGAGGCAUUAUCAACGUCAAGGGCAAAGGAGAGCUCCAAACCUACUUUGUGCACACAGAGAUGACCCGCUCACUGUCCCAAGGGAAUGUAAUGCCGUAAGACUGGUUCAGACUAUGCUGGAUUUUACACAGACAAGAACAGAUGUUCAUUACAGACGAAGAUUUGAUCUUCUCAAUGCUGUUGUAACAAAAAUGAAUCAGGUCUGUGCUGCAAGGAGGAUAUAAAUCUGAUUUUAAUAUUUGCAAGUUACCUUUUCCACAGCUGUAGUAUACAUUUAGUCACUUACUGUACAGUAUGUAAGUGUAGCAUGUACAGCAAUUAGGCAAUAACCCCUGAAAUAUAUUGGAGAUAUAGAUCAAGAAAAGCCACAGUGGUACAAGCCAGUCAGAUCUAGUGUGUACAAGUUCAGUCAGAGAGAAGCAUCUGAAAUGGUCUAAAUUAAUAUUCUGACUCAGUUCUGGUAAGCAGCCUGGAAAUCCAGACCCAUAUCCAAAAGAUUAAGGGUCUGGCAUUGAGUAAUGAAAAUGGCCCAACUCGAGGGGCGGCACCAAGCAUGCAUUUGAAAAUG